AUGGCCUUCGGCAGCGUGUGGGUGGGCGCGCUCUGCCUACACGCCGGCGGACUCCAUUCUCUGAGGAGGCCGCACACCACGCCUCUGCGCGCUGUGACAAAGAGCACCGCGAAUCCCUCCUCAGUACACAGCUCGCUCACACCUCGGGAUACAGUCGAGGAGCAGGAGCAGGAGCUGAGCUGGUCUGAGCUGGACGCGUGGCUCGAGGGUGAGCAGGAGAAGGAGGGCUGGUCUGAGCUGGACGCGUGGCUCGAGGGCCAGCACGAGUCGCAGCCGGAGCCGCGCCAGCGCCGCGCGCGAUGGACGGCCACGGCGGCCGGCCACAUCCACGAGCACUUCCACCCGCACAACAUGCGGAUGCGCGAGUGGGCCGCGCUCGGCGCGUCGGAACGUCUCGUCGACAACCUGGCGCGGCUUGGCUACGAUCGGCCCUCUGUCGCGCAGUCAAACUCCUUUGCUCCGAUUGCCGCGGGCGAGAACGUCCUGCUGGCCGACGACCACGGCGCGGGCAAGACGCUCGCUCUAGUCGCCCCGCUGGUGCAAAAGCUGUGGGAUUGGGAGGAGGAGUUCGGGAGGACGGGCCCGGGGGAGGUGCGCGCCCUGAUCAUCGUGCCGACCAACGACCUCGCCCAGCAGAUCCUCGACCUCGCUCGCGAGGUCGCCCGCCGCUCCAUCCGCGCCUCGGUCGCGACGGGAGGCCACUCGUGGCGCACGCAGUGCGAGAGGCUGGCGGGCGGCCUCGACCUGCUCGUCGGCACGAUGGGCCGGGUGUACGCGCACCUGCACCCGCGCGAGCCUAUGGCGCCCUCCUUCGACGUGCGUUCGCUGCGCGCGGUCGCCGUCGACGAGGCGUGCUCCCUCUACCAGGGGCGCGCUCCCUCCUGGCUGGUGCACGAGACGCAGGCCCGGUGGCACGACUCGCGCAACGAGCUGCUGCAGGAGCUCCCGCUGGCCUUGUGGGGCAGCCUCCUCGCCGAGCUCGAGGGCGGCUGCUCAAAGGUGAUGCUUACUUCGGCGCUGCCCGACGGCGUCGAGGAGCAGAUCCGCAGCGACCUCGGCGCAAGCCUGGUCGCCUCGAUCAGCAAGGGGCUCCACCGGACUCGCGCCGGCGUCACGGUGACGCUGGUCGACUGCUCGUCCGCCGUGGCGAGCGACACCUCCAUCUUCGACGCGAAGCUGUCGGAGCUGCGCGGCGCGCUCGCCCGCUCGAGGCACGCCCUCGUCUUGUGCAGCACCGCCGCCUCGUGCGAGCGCCUCGAGCGCGCCCUGCGGUCCCCGCCCGAGGGGAGGGGACCCGAGGGGAGGGGAGAGGAGGCGCACCCGACCGUGCUCCUCUUCCACGGCUCGCAGACACCAAAGGCGCGCGCCGCGGCGCUCAAGGCGUUCCGCAAGCCGGCGCCCAACUGGUGGGAGACUGCCGCUGCGGAGCGGACCGGCGCGGCGCCGGCGCGCGUCCUCCUCGCCACGGGCCGGUCUGCGCGCGGCCUCGACCUGAGCAGAGGAGGGCUUGCCGAGGCGAGUGGCGCCGACCGCGCGCUCGACGCCGUCGUCCUCUUCGACUUCGCGCCCGACGCGAAGGCGUACCUCUCGCGGGUCGGCUUCGCACUGCGCGGCAGCGGCGCGACGCAGCGCGCAGCGAACGUGACCGCCCUCGCCAUCGGCGCCCAGCUUCCCUUUGCGAAGGCGCUCCUCGCUCGCGACGCACGCGGGAGCACGCAGGAGGUGCGGGACCUGAGGGGCGAGGCCGAGCAGAGGGGCGUAGAGAGGCCGAGUCGCCGGCGCGGCCGAGCAGAGAAGGAGGAGGGUUGGUGAGACGAGAGAGGUGUGUGCGGUCGAUUGUGAUAUACUCCCCCCUGCAUCGCUUCUUUUGCGUUGUUUAUUAUGCGCACAUGCC